AUGGCAACGACAGCACGUAAUGAUAGAACUAAACCUACAUCACCACGAGUGAUACCGUUUUCUACGAUUCUUCGAUCACGAGUCAAACAGCCUCAAUUCUAUUGGUUUCUAGGACAUUUUUUCACAUUGUAUCAUUUUAUUCGAUUCCAUCUUUCAUUUUAUUCUCGUGAUUUACAACGGUACCAUUAUAAAUUUUUAUUAUUAAACAUAUCUUUAACAUACGCGAUCGUAUUAUAUCAAUUCUACAAGAGUGAUCAAUUGAAUUCCAAGAAUAUAAGAACGCAACUCCGUAAAUUGGAUAAUCUGCAAUAUUUCUUAAUCCUAACGAUAUUAUUUAUCAUUUCAUUUUUUUUCAACAUUGUCUUGAGUGGAGCUAUUUAUUCCCCUGUAAUUUUUUCAUUAUUCCAUUGUUUGAAUUAUUUCAAAGAGAAUUUAUUACCAUUUCUACCUUAUCUUUCUAAAAUUGUGAAGAUCACGAUCAACAAUAAGAUUAGCGGGUUUAUAUCAAGUUAUAAUGAGAUUUUUUUACAAAUGGCACAAACGUUGGAAAUACUGUGUGGAUUACGUUGUGGACUGAUCAAUUUGCCCAUACUAAUUUUGAAAUUCUUCACUAUAGAGUUUGGGAGCCCCAUUGUUUUGAUUCAUAUCUUUACUGUUUUCAGUUAUGUUUGGUUUUUCAAGUUAAGAUUGAUUCAAAGUCAACAUUUUAAAACUGUAUUAUUUCAUUUAAACAAUAAAUUUAAUCAAAUGAUCCCUGCAAGUGCAUUGCCCUUCUGGUGUAUGUACAGGGAUUUCAUGAUCAAAUGUUUCAAUUAUAUACCUAUAUAA